AUGGGCGACGGCACCGGCGGGUGCUGGCGUCGGUGGCGGCGGCGAGGUUGGUGGGAGGACGGCAGCGGUGAGGGGAACCUGGGAGUUGCAGGAUCCGGCGACUGGGCGCCCGGCGCCACGUCAUGCCUUGAACCUUCCCACUCACAUUCCGCCCGUACUGCGCGACCUCCUCCUCGCUACUCACCCGCGGCGGACCCAAACGCGCUCAAUUCGCCAUGCGCCGCGCUCGCGCUCGCGCAGCUCCUCACAGACAACGAGGCCGCGAAGACGCGCGUCUUCUGGGAGGUCAAGAACGUCGCAACGGAGAGGUUCAUCGACGUGUACGACGAGGCGGACAUGCCCGCGGAGAAGCUCGAUGACAAGGCGCGUGAGCACAUGAGUGACGCGAGCGAGGCGUGGGCGCGCGUGCGCGAUGUGCUCGCGCAGCUCAACCAGGAGAUCAUUGUCCCGUACACUCUCGGCGGGACGCUCGCCGACGAUGGCACGGUAGCGAUCGGGAAGCUUCAGGCGCACGUCGGCGAGCCUGGCGGCGGGCGGGGGUGGCGGCGCGCUGGCCUGACCGUGCCGGACCCCGAGUCACGCGAACGCCAGAACAGGUUGGCGGCGUUCUGGGAUGCGGUGAGGGAGAGGCUUAAAGAAAUGUAUCCUUCGGGCACACGGCUCAUUGUCGGGGACCUUGCCGUCUUCAUGAGUAGUAUCGCAGCCAUCAAGGUCGGUGGUCAUGCUGACACUGAGGUCGGCGAGAAGAAGGACAACACUAGACAGAUGGGCGUGGCUGGACGGGUGGGGCGUGCGGAUGCGGUGUUCGCGAGGGUCAUGGCUGGAAGAUACUACGCAGAAUGUAGAUACCUGAUACUGUAG